AGACCAAGUCUCUCUCUUCUUUCUCUUUCUCUCUCCUCUCUCCUCUCUCUUCUCUUCUCUUCUACGCAGCCUUUCAAACCCUAGAAAUCCUCGAACUUCGAGCUAUAUAAUCCUUAGGAAUCGCGGAGAUUUUCGGAAUUUGAGGUUUUUCCGAGCUCAGAAUUGGGAUGGAGUUCGCGAGCUGGGGCUAAUUUGGCUUGAUUCGUGCUCUGUUCGUGUUUCGUCGCUUUGAAUUCGUUAGCUUCUUCUGCGUUUUCUGUUUUCUGUUUUCGGUUUUUUUUUUCCGGUUGGGAUUAGGCUUUGUUUCGGUGAGGGGUUUUGAGAUUUGAGUCCCGAAAAUGACGUCUUUGAGCAGAGAACUUGUGUUUCUUAUUCUCCAAUUCCUCGAUGAGGAGAAGUUUAAGGAGUCCGUACACAAACUUGAGAAGGAGUCUGGGUUUUACUUCAACAUGAAGUACUUCGAGGAGAAAGUUCAAGCCGGAGAAUGGGACGAAGUUGAGAAGUAUCUGUCAGGAUUUACCAAAGUUGAUGAUAACAGAUACUCGAUGAAGAUAUUUUUUGAAAUUAGGAAGCAGAAAUAUCUUGAAGCACUUGACCGGCAAGACAAGGCAAAGGCUGUCGACAUAUUAGUUCAUGAUUUGAAAGUGUUCUCGACAUUUAAUGAGGAUCUUUACAAGGAAAUUACUCAGCUUCUGACUCUUGGCAAUUUUAGGGAAAAUGAGCAGCUGUCAAAGUAUGGUGACACCAAAACAGCUCGUAGCAUUAUGUUGAUAGAGCUUAAAAAACUUAUAGAAGCAAAUCCACUUUUCCGCGAUAAGCUUGCUUUCCCACAUCUAAAGGCAUCAAGAUUGCGGACUCUCAUCAAUCAAAGUUUGAACUGGCAGCAUCAGUUAUGCAAGAAUCCCAGGCCAAACCCAGACAUUAAGACUUUAUUCCAGGACCAUACCUGUACGCCUGCUAAUGGUCCCCUUGCACCCACACCUGUCAAUCUUCCUGUUGCUGCAGUUGCAAAACCUGCCGCUUAUACUUCACUUGGAGCUCAUGGACCCUUUCCGCCUGCUGCAGCUGCGGCUAAUGCUAAUGCGUUAGCAGGUUGGAUGGCCAAUGCCUCCGCCUCUUCAUCUGUCCAAGCCGCUGUUGUUACUGCAUCAUCCAUUCCUGUUCCACAGAAUCAAGUUUCAAUCUUGAAACGCCCAAGAACUCCUCCAGCUGCGCCAGGUAUGGUUGAUUACCAAAGUCCUGACCAUGAACAACUGAUGAAACGACUUCGGCCAGCUCAAUCUGUUGAGGAGGUCACAUAUCCUACGCCUCGACAGCAAGCUUCAUGGUCACUGGAUGACCUGCCCAGAAACGUCGCCUUUUCUUUGCACCAAGGAUCUAAUGUCACAAGCAUGGAUUUUCAUCCUUCUAACCAUACAUUGCUCCUAGUUGGUUGCAAUAAUGGAGAAGUAACUCUAUGGGAACUUGGAUUGCGAGAGAAAUUAGUUUCGAAGCCGUUCAAGAUCUGGGAUAUUUCUACCUGCUCAUUGGCAUUUCAGGCUGCUACCAUCAAAGAUGCACCAAUAUCUGUCAGUCGGGUCACAUGGAGUCCAGAUGGAAAUUUUGUGGGAGUUGCCUUUACCAAGCACUUGAUACAAUUGUAUGGUUAUUCAGGACCAAAUGAUAUACGCGAGCAUUUAGAGAUUGACGCUCACGCUGGUGGCGUGAAUGACUUGGCUUUUGCUCAUCCAAAUAGACAACUGUGUGUUGUUACCUGUGGGGAUGAUAAGCUAAUAAAGGUGCGGGAGUUAAAUGGUCGGAAGCUAUUUACUUUUGAAGGUCAUGAAGCUCCGGUAUACUCGAUCUGUCCUCAUCACAAGGAGAAUAUUCAGUUCAUAUUCUCUACUGCUAUUGAUGGGAAGAUAAAGGCUUGGUUAUAUGACAAUAUGGGUUCCAGAGUUGACUACGAUGCUCCUGGGCAUUGGUGUACUACAAUGCUUUAUAGUGCCGAUGGAAGUAGACUGUUCUCUUGUGGGACAAGUAAAGAUGGAGACUCUUUUCUUGUGGAGUGGAAUGAAAGUGAAGGAGCAAUAAAACGAACAUAUACUGGAUUUAGAAAGAAGUCGUCUACUGGUGUUGUGCAGUUCGACACUAUGCAAAAUCACUUUUUGGCUGCAGGUGAAGAUAGCCAGAUAAAGUUUUGGGAUAUGGAUAAUGUUAGCAUUCUCACAAGCACAGAUGCCGAUGGUGGACUUCCGAGUUUUCCCCGCUUAAGGUUCAAUAAGGAAGGAAAUCUUCUCGCUGUUACUACAGCAGAAAAUGGGUUUAAAAUCCUUGCAAACGCUGUUGGUCUUAAAACUUUGAAAGCUAAUGAGUCGACAUCUUUUGAAGGACUGAGAUCUCCCAUAGAUGCUGGUGCCGUAAAGGUCUCUGGCUCAUCUGCUAUCCCACAUGUUAGUCCAGUCAACUGCAAAGUGGAAAGGAGUUCCCCUGUUAGGCCUACUCCAAUUAUUAAUGGAGUUGAUCCUAUGGUAAGAGGGGUGGAAAAACCAAGAACUGUAGAUGAUGUAAGUGAUAAAGCCAAACCCUGGCAGUUGACUGAAAUUCUGGAUCCUGCUCAGUGUCGGUUAGUUACCAUGCCUGACAGCACCGAUACUUCCAGCAAGGUUGUCCGACUUCUGUAUACAAAUUCUGGUGUCGGUGUUUUGGCUCUUGGCUCAAAUGGUGUUCAGAAGCUAUGGAAGUGGGUCCGCAAUGAACAAAAUCCGGGUGGACAGGCCACUGCUAGUGUUGUUCCUCAGCACUGGCAACCAAACAGUGGUCUUCUUAUGACUAAUGAUGUCUCAGGUGUCAACCUUGAAGAAGCAGUCCCUUGCAUAGCACUCUCAAAGAAUGAUUCAUAUGUAAUGUCGGCUUGUGGUGGAAAAGUUUCAUUGUUUAACAUGAUGACAUUCAAGGUAAUGACAACCUUUAUGCCACCUCCCCCUGCUUCCACCUUCCUAGCAUUCCAUCCUCAAGAUAAUAACAUCAUAGCAAUCGGAAUGGAGGAUUCAACAAUCCACAUUUACAAUGUCAGAGUGGAUGAGGUAAAAUCCAAAUUGAAGGGUCACCAGAAGCGGGUUGCUGGUUUAGCCUUCUCUACUAGUCUCAACAUUCUAGUCUCGUCAGGUGCAGAUGCUCAACUUUGCGUGUGGAGCAUUGAUACAUGGGAGAAGAGGAGAUCAGUGGCAAUUCAGGUACCUGCUGGAAAGGCUACUGUAGGGGAAACUCGAGUGCAAUUCCAUUCAGACCAAGUUCGUUUGUUGGUAGUUCAUGAGACUCAAUUAGCAAUAUAUGAUGCUGCGAAGAUGGAUCGCAUUCGACAGUGGCUCCCACAAGACGGUGUUUCUGCACCCAUAUCUUACGCAGCAUUCUCCUGUAACAGUCAACUUAUUUAUGCUACCUUCUGUGAUUGUAAUAUUGGGGUAUUUGAUCCUGAUAGCUUGAGACUAAGGUGCCGUAUUGCACCAUCAGCAUACUUUUCCCAAGCAGUCUUGAAUGGAAGCCAAGCUGUGUACCCACUCGUUGUUGCUGCUCAUCCACACGAGGCCAACCAAUUUGCUGUUGGACUGACAGAUGGUUCUGUUAAAGUGAUCGAGCCUACAGAGGCAGAGGGCAAGUGGGGGACGGCUCCACCUGUCGAUAAUGGGAUACUGAGCGGUAGGACGGGAUCUUCAUCUAUUACCAGCAACCACACCCCUGAUCAGCUGCAAAGAUGAGACUCCUUUCAUUUUGAUGGUACAGUAUGUUGUAUUUUUAUCAGUGUAUAGAUUUUAGGUUCUCAGUUGCCCUUUUGUCCUUUUACCAAAACGGUAAGUUUGGACACAAGUGGUAACAGAGUUAGAGAUAACAUUGUUCCCACUUGAUUUGUUGUAGGCAAACUCACAGAUGGAUAUUUCUAACUUUAGUAUUCUGUUUCUUUAAGGACGUUUCUGUAUGUAUUGAUGUAUUGAUUCUUUGGUGAUAAAUGCAUGUAUUUCGCUUUCAUUAGCCUAAUCUAUCAUAGCAGUUGGUCCA